AUGAAAAUAUUGGGCAGAUUAAGACUAGUGAGACUUGUAACAUUCGUCAACAAUUGCAAGUGUUGUGCACCACAAUUUUUCACCUUUAAACAACCUACACCUAGCAAACAUUUUCAUAUGACACGGUACUUGCGAAACUUUGACCAAGGGUCCAACGAAGAAGGAAAAGAAAGCAAUUGGAAGAAAUUCACAAACAUAUGGAUCACUUGGUCAGGUUCUCUGGCCAUUAUCUUUUCCGUCUUGAGUGCUUAUCAAACUUAUAACAUUCUUACAGGUAUUCAUGAAGAUAAUCAAAACAACGAGUAUUUGCCUCUUGAGAAGGAAAUUAGAUCAAAGCUCGCACAACCAUUCAUACCAACUACACCAAUGAUUAAUGGUAUGAAAUUGUUGCCUAAAGCAGGAUCAGAAGUACUUGGUGCAAUGUUUUCAUACGACUGCGUUAAUCAGUUGGCAUAUAUCAGUGGUCCAUCUAAUUCUGGAAAAUCAAUGUCUGUUGAGAAAGCACUGGAAAAUAGAAGAAAUGUAAUAUACAUUCCAUUGAGAGCGAAUAUGCCAUACCAAAACAUUCUUCUUGCACUUGGGAUCAGCCAAAGAAGAACAGACGAAUCUGACGUUCCAAUUGCCAGAAUAAUGGUUGCCCUGAAAAACAUUUUGCAACAACUAAAGAAGGAAGCUAACUAUGGUACUCCUGUUUCUAUUAUUGUUGUAAGUGACUAUAUAGCCAACGACCCCGAUUGUAAAAUAAUAGCCGGUAACUUACUUCAAUUCGUUGAGGAGCAAUUGGCCACUGGUGUCCAUGUCUCUAGCAACUUUUCCACCUUCACAGAUUUAAGGAAAUUAUCUGGACACACAUCUAGACUGAAGAAGUACACGUUUUCUUACACCACCCAAACUGAAUUAGAGCAAUAUCCAUUCCUGAGAAAUGAUGAUAUCAAGAAAUUAGGAGGCCACUUUGGCCAGAUUUAUAGUGUACUUAAAGAAUUGAUCCCCAUUAUGCAAGAUCAUCACCCUUCUCUGAAAUCAAAACCUCAUAAUGAAAUUAUUUCCGAUAUUGUUAAUGGUCACAUUCAAGUACCAGCUGAAGACAUUAAGAAAGUUGUUGAUGGAAUGAUUCGAACAGAAGCUAUAGAAUUAGCAAACAUAAUAGGGAUAAUCUAUGAUAACGAAGGAGGUGAAAUAGUUGACGUCUUGGAUCUCAUUGCUGGAAAUAAUUCAUUUUUUCCAUCAACAGCUCAACAUAGGAAAAUUUGUUCAAAACUUGUUGAGCAAAAUAUUCUUGGUCAAUCCACAAAUGAUGAAUCACUUUUCACCUGGCACCGUCCAAUUAUGAAAUAUGCAUAUACAGAACUACCUCAGUUGUUCACUAUAUUUAAGGAACACAAAAAUAAAAACAGCAAAUGA